AUGAGCCAAAGAUGUGUGCCGAUACUCCUCCUCAACAUGGGUUCGGAGAUGAUCUAUAUUCUGGAGCAACGAUUGAAAACACUUCAGAAUGUUGGAAUGGAAAAGAGCAACAAGGUCCUCCAGGACAUCACAUUCACCAUGCUGAACGCAAAAUUUUUGGACGAACUUUUCAAGGCACAGGAUUUGCAUUCACGGAAGACGAUGCGGCAUUUCUUUGAAAAAUUGGCACAUUCGAGCAUAAUGAGGCUUAACGAAUCGAGUAUGGAUAAGCUGUAUGAUUUGAUAACGAUGACGGUGAAGUAUCAAAUACAAACGAUCGCGAUGCCAGAACAAGUCUUAACUGUCACUAUAAACCAUCUGGAUGGUUUGCGUGAUUUGAUGCCAAACGAUAAGGAAUUGAUGCCACUACUUGACAAUGCGCACGCUAUGCUGAUGUCGACCUAUCGAAACUGUCACCCAUGGGAAUUCCAGAUGAUCAGAUGUUGUCUGCUUACGUUUUUCCAGGAAACACGCGUAAAAGUAUCGAUACUACUGCGCGAGAAGAAGCAGCUUGAAUCGGGACAUUUCGUGCUGAACACGAGUGGUGAUGGUCAGAUUGAUAUUGCAAAGGACACAGAGCCGCCUGGUACAAUCAGAUAUUAUGAAAACGGGGCAAUGGUGCGUGUAACGAGGUUCCCGGCUCCAGACAAUUACAAUGUACUCCCAGAAAAGGAAAAUUAUACUUUGGGUGAGAUGGCGUCCCGAAGCACAUUACUUGGAUUGAAUAUGUAUCGAGGAGGAGGUAAUGCUAUUGAGGUAAAAGGUGGCGGCACAUUGAGCAGCAAACAACCUGCCGCAAGUGAAGUUCUACCCGAUGGAGGGGAUUUGAAGUUACUUAUGGAUAUGUUAGGGCCAAGAGAUGGAAAGAAAUCGAGCCCUGGAGAUUUUGAUCUUUCCCUAUUCUCCGACCAAGCCGAAGAAAGUAAAUUUAUCAAAGAAAGCGAACAAAACGUCAAGCGAAUAAAUGCCGCCCUAGGCAGGAAGAGCUUGAAGCAAACGAUGCAGGAGAUGGAAGUGAAAGAUGCGCCCGCAGAAAACUCGAAGAAAAAGAAAACACGAGGGCAAGAGAUGGCUGAGAUGUUGGAUGAAGUGGCUAGCCGUCCAGAAACCGCUAAAAAACGUUCAAGCAGCACAAAGGCGCCCAAGGAAAGAUCAGUGUCUGCAGCAAGAGAAAGACCUGCAUCGGCCGCCAGAGCUUCGCGAGGAAAUACAGCUGAAAAUCCGGGAUCUCGGCCAAUAACUUCUUCGAAACCUGGCACUGCCUCUGGAAGGCCAUCUUCAAAGGGUGGAACAGCUGAUCGACCAGCAUCAAAAGGAGCCGAUCGCCCAUCGUCGAAAGCUGGAACAACUGCAAAAAACGCAGGAGCCUCACGUCCUACAACUCCAUCAAAGCCAACCCCUGCUUCUAGGGCAACAACACCAGCUAGGGGCCGUGAACCAUCGACUAAAGGUCCCGACAACUACCAGCAAACCCGUUGCUCCUGCCUAGACCUCAGGCGUCAGCUGUCCUGGAUUCGCCGGCAGAUA